AUGGCUCGAAGCCUCAAUACAGAAAACACCGGAACAUUUCCUAGCUUCCUUUUGUCAUUUUUCUUCAGCAAACAGAACCAAAUCGUUUGUUUUGCUGUUCGUCCUAAAACGGCUCUAAACUUUGCUUGGUCAGGCGUGGUGUCGGUGAGCUUCGAGGAGGACGAUGAAGGAAACCUUUGCCUCGUGGCGUACCCCCUCAGCAAUGACCCAGCAGCUGACCUGGACAUCCACGACCUCUCGGCAGACUGCGUCUUUCAAGGCAAAACGCUCCAGUGGGGGAAAAAGGCGCUCGUGGACAAAGAAAACCGCAGCAAAGAUUCCUGGAGCUGCAACUCCCACAAAGACAAGAGUGUCCAGAAGCUGCAGGAAGACCAGGAUGUGGAGCAGGUCCAGCAUGUGGAGGGCCUUCACCAUGGACUGGAGCACAGUCACAGCAACGCCGCCCCGCAGGUCAAACGGAACCCCUGGAGCCUGGAGUGUCACCAGCAGCACCUGCAGAGGAUGAAGGAGAACGCAAAGCACCGCAACCAAUACAAAUUCCUCCUUCUGGAAAACCUGACCUGGCGGCAGACGGUGCCGUGCGUUCUGGACCUGAAGAUGGGCACGAGGCAGCACGGAGACGAUGCUACAGAGGAGAAGAAGGCUCUCCAAAUCCGCAAGUGCCAGCAGAGCACGUCCGCUUUGAUAGGAGUCCGCUUCUGCGGCAUGCAGGUACCAAGAGAGAAU